AUGGAGGAAUAUGCACCGCUUACACCAACAUCAAUCCCUUCGCCCACAACUUCCUCAAAGGAGUUAUACAACUACGGCUUACAGUACCCUCCCACUCCCAAACAACACAAGUCAAAUUGCUUGCCAGAAUCCUCUAAUCAUGCUGCCACCUUAAAUUCAUCUAAUCCACCUUUGUUGAAGCUCCUUGGUAUUCCACAAACAGGUGCUAAAUCUAGAGUCGAGACUCAAAUCAAGAUCAUUCUCCAGCUUGAGAACAUUCCCAAUAAUCAAUGGAACUUUAUCAGACUUCCCUAUGGCUCAGCUUCGAAAAAGAGAUCUAAGAGAGGUGCACCAAUGCCUUACGAUGUACCUAGGCACAAUACCCUCUAUCUGGAAACCCAAGUCAACUGUGCAACUGCUCCUUAUUGUCCCGUCUAUGCUUGUUCUCCUUGCAAAGAACGUGAAAAGAAGCGUUUCCAGCGUAAACGUGAUGCUAGAAGACGUCCAAGAUCGAAAUCUGAUGAUGAAGGUCAAGACGACGCUCUACUCAAUUCCGCUCCCUUACCCGUUAAAGAUCAAUGGGAGCGUAAUAAGAUUACACUCUUCAAUUGUGGUGAACUUGUCCCUCUCAGUGAGGAUAUCGCUUAUGAAGGUGCUCAACCAUUGCCAACCGCUGUUCUUCCAACGCGCGUCACUUGUUACUGUAGGCAUCACCGUGAAAAGACCGGUUUUACAAUAGGCUUUACCCUCAAGCAACACGAUGGCAGCGUUGUUGCAUCAAACAAAUCACCACCGAUUAUGAUCACGGAUGAUCACAAGACCUCAACAGGUAAAACGUCUAAUUACGGUGAGCAAAGCUCAAUCAAAUGUCGCAACCCAUUGAAAUCUACAAGAGGUAUCAAAGAUGACGCUCUACUUGCUCAAUCCGAUACCAAUGACAGAAAACCUUAUACGAGAAAUACUAGAAGGCAAAACUCACCUUUGGAGAUAAAUCUCGCCAAUAGUUCUAGUCAAUCAUUCGUAUCACCAUCUGAUUACUCAAUGAAGAAUGCCCUCAACACCACUCCCUCAACAACCCCCAGUCCACCCAGGAGCAUCAAAAAGUCUUUGAUAGGAGACCUUGAAGGCUCAGCAGGCUUACCCAAAACCUUGGAAGAGUCUCUCGUCAAGUUUGAACAUACUGAUGAGCUCGAGACGUAUUUGACGUCUAGCUUGAGUGUGCAAUCACCUAUACAGUUGAAUGAUUCAGCUAAUACGUUAGAUGAAUCCAAUUCGAAAGGCAACAAUCCAACGUUUGAUUCAGAAGUAGAUAAAUACAUCGAAAGUUCUUGGGUGGAUGAUGGUAUUAGCAGAAACGAAAGCAUUAAUAUAUACAAUGGUCCGAAAAUUUCUAGAGUUGUACCAUUUGAGGGACCUACAAGGGGUGGUACAGAGAUUACAAUCCUCGGUCAACACUUUCCCGAUGGGUUGACUGUAUACUUCGGUUCAAAUGCUGCAUCUAGGGUCACGAGAUGGGGAGAAUGUACACUAGUAUGUUUGUUGCCGCCUUCGUCCAAGCCUGGGACUGUAAGCGUCUCAUUAAGAGGAUAUAAUACGAGCGAUGAACAACAUGGAGACAAUCCAUUGACUUUCACGUACAUCGAUGAAUCGGAUAAAGCUUUAAUGGAGCUCGCCUUAAAAGUUCUUGGUUACAAUCUCACAGGUAAAUAUGAGGAUGCAAGAAACGUUGCAAUGAGAAUCGUGGGAACCGAGAAUGGCGAAGGGCAAGUGGAUGAUAAAGCAAGCAAUACUUUGAGUGCCACCAACUUUGAUCUUGAAGCAUUCACAAUUAAUGCGCUACGAUUGCUCGAUUACAGACAGAACGUCGAUAGUUUAAACCUUCUCAAUAAACAAAGACAGACGAUACUACAUUUAUCCUGUCAAUUGUCAAUGGUGGAACUGACUCAAAGCCUGAUUGAAUGUGGUGCAGAUGUAAACGCAAGGGACAUCAAUGGAUUCACACCGUUGCAUUUCGCUUACAUCAGUAAAUCUGAGAAUUGCGCAAGAAUGUUGUAUAAUAGCGGCGCAGAUGUUGAGGUUGUAAACGCUUGCGGUAUUUCUGCAAAGGAGCUUGGUGAACUUACGUACUCGAAUAAGCUCUCGAUACAAGACAGUGAAGACGCUGAUGACGAAAUCAACUUCUCAAGCGCUGAGGACGACUCGUCAUUAGAUGAUAGAGUAAGUAAAAGCAACUUACUGCAAUCAAAUGACAGAGGGACGAUUAAAGAUCUUGAAAAGAAGGAUAAUGAGGAAGAGAUUGGCUACCAAGAGAAGGCACUUGAAGUGUUUUUAACAAAUCUUAGUACAAAGCUAAGUGAAAAGACCGGUUGGAAUCCCGCUGGCACCACAUCUCGCUUUACUAAAGUGGAAAUGGAAGCAAAUGGAGAAAGUCUCGUCGAUGAGGAGGAUUGGUCAACGAGAGCAAAGAAAAGAGCGCAAAGCGUCGUUGAGGACGUCCGCCUAAUGUUGUUUUGGGCACCGGUGCUGCUUUUAUCCUUGGUUUUCUCGUUCAUCUCAAUAGCACCGUUCAUUAAUAGGGUCGGUAACCAACUAGCACCACUACUAGGACUACAAGCAAAUUCUGAAUAA